AUGUGUGUGACCUGGCGAAGUAGGAGACACGCAGGUCCCCACCGUGCGCACCUCUGAAAUGGGCGUGUGAGCCUCGCAGCGCCGGCAUCGCCGGGUCGGACAAGCAAAACCGCGGAGGGCAGGGCCCGCUCCUUGCUCGCCCUGCCCAGCCGAGCUUCUGAAGGACGGACAGACAGACAGACAGACAGACAGCCUUCCUCCCGGCCGCCCUCCCCAACAGCAGAGGGACCGUCCCCAGUGAGUGCCGCCCCGCCCGCCGCAGCUCUCGCUGCUGAAUUUGCUCCGGUCCCUUAAUGGUUUCGCUCUCACCAAGAACUUUGUUUACAGUCCCUUGUGCAGCGAGCUGCAUCCCCCUCUUAUGCUGCUCCGGGUUCGUGUCCGCCGCAGUCCCGUCCGGCGGGCGGCAGGAAACUUCUGCGCUAGAAUAUUGUCACUUCCAGUUCAUCAUUCAGCAACAUCUGACACUUCAAAGCGUGGAGAGGCUCUUACUGCUGCAUGACUCUGCCUUGGAUUGACAUACGAGACAUCUGAAGAGUCUUCCUCUGCUUCCUGAGCCAAGGGAUUCAUUACGAUGGGUUUCUCGUGGACCUGGACGACGCACGUUCAGCAGAGCCUGCUGUAGCCUAAGAAUUGACAAAGUCAAGACAAUCAAGAUGACAAACGAACCCAUUAAAGAGAUCCUGGGUGCUCCGAAGCAUCCUGAUUCCAUAACCACAGAGAAGAGUAACAACAAUGACUGUGUGAUCACCACCAUCCCGCUUGUCAGAGAAUGCCAGCUGACCGCAGCAACGGGGGGAGCAGAGCUCUCCUGCUACCGCUGCACUGUUCCCUUCGGUGUGGUCAUACUGAUUGCCGGCAUCGUGGUCACUGCUGUGGCAUACAGCUUCAAUUCCCACGGCUCCAUCAUCUCAGUGUUUGGAUUAGUCCUCUUGUCAUCAGGACUCCUUUUGCUGGCUUCUAGUGCAGUGUGCUGGAAAAUCAGGCAGCAAAAAAAGAAAGCAAAGAGGCGGGAGAGCCAGACGGCGCUGGUGGCAAAUCAGCGAACCUUGUUUGGUUAAAGACGACCAAGAGAAGGCUGCGCAGAAGACGGAACCUUUUGGAAUUUUGCAGGCGGCUGAGGAGAGAGUCGCAGGGGCUGUAGAGGUGCAGUGAUUUCCACGCCACACGUGUAGCAGCUCGGCCCCAUGAUUCCCAGGCUGAGCCCGGAGCAGAACCAGCCCAGGUUCCUCUUCAGAAGUCACCUGCACCAGGGUCCUCGCUGCACCGUUGCUGUGACACAGACGAGCUUGUGUGCGCCGUGCAGAAGGAAAUUAGAGGUGUAAUGUAAAGGCCAGUAAAGGCCAAAACCAGUGGAAUGGCAGCAGUGGGUUUUGGGGAGCAGUUUUUUCAGGAAGGUGGAAUAAGAGCGAGUAAAAGUUGCUCUGCUGCAGCUAAAGAUUUCCUUUCCCAUAUCUUUGCACUGUGAACACAAGGACACAGCAGAGUGCCUGCACCCCCCUCUGCCUUGCUAAUCAUGGGGCAUCUGGGCAUUAAGCAGCCGGUAAGUAGUGACAGACAGCGCUGCAGUGACCCUGGGCGCUGUCCCCUAGCACAGCAAAGCUCCACAUACGACGUGGUGUCCUGGAAUACCAGCUGCCUGAUGGGCUGAGAGGCUUCAUCACUAAAUUGCCACACAGCCUUAGAAACUGGCACAGACUUCACCAUGAUUUGUGUGCGUUGAUCUGGGGACAAUCUGAAGUAGUAGUAGCAUCUUUUGUGAUUGACCAGUGAUGACAUCCAACACAAGUCUCACAGUCUAUGUUUUUUUUCUUCCUGUAAAUCUACAUAUUGCAGACAUUUUUGCUACUAUCCUGUCUCUCACUGCACCCCUUUGUCCUGAUUCCAACACAGGAAAAAUACAUUCUUUUUAAAAGACAUUCUUUUUAAAACAAGCAUUCUGGGGAAGGUGAUACAUGAGUGCAAUGUAGCAGGCUUAGCAUCUUCAUUUUUCCAGAAACUGGUGAUAUUGUUAGAUCUGAAAUGUUUUUACAAGGGUCAACCCCCUCAAACUGAUCACCUACAAACAACAAAGUUUCUGCUUCAGCUUUUGAACCCCACGACUUAAUCUGGAUUGAUUUGGGGUUUCACCCCUGGGAGCUGGGUCACGCAAUCCACCAAGUCUUUGAUGCAAACCCCUUCGGAACGUCACAAUUGCUGUUUGGUGUUUCUCAUGGGAACCCGAGAGGCAAAAGUCAGCCUGGAGGAUGCAACCCUGUGGAGAUCACAAUGAGUUUCCAGUUCAGAAACACCUUCCCUUCUGGUGUGAAAAGGCUUUGAAUGUGACAAAUGGUAUUUCAGUUCUGGGAGAGGUUGGGUGGGAGCUGAUGCAAAUUUUAUUGUCACAAUUGCUCGUCUCUCCCUUCCUGAGAGCUCCGGCAGCAUUGCGCAAGCAAAAAUUGCCCUCACAAGGAUAGAAAAUUAUCUAAUAGGGGAAUUGUGCUGGUGCACCGGGCAAAUGUUAAGGGGAUCUUAAAUAAUAAUUUCAAAACCUAAGCACAGGAAAUUGUGUCUGUAACUACACCCUGUAUUGCUAUUGUACACAAAGCCAGUUAUAGCCUGGGACAGUAUUUUAAAAUAAUAAUCAGUUUGGUAUGACAAUGCUUAGUAUUUGUUCAAGUCAAAACGCCCAAUUUACGAUUCCCCAGUCACUUGUCAUGUUUCGUACGUGACGGUGGCUCUAAUACCAUAACUUACCAGGUUUAAAAAAAAAAAAUAGGAAAAGGGAGAGAGAAAGGUUAUUUUUGUGGGCUUGUGUCAAUAAUUCUUCAAUAAUCACUUGGGAGAGUUCCUGUUACCAAACAAUGAAUGUACAAUAUUACUGCAGCUCAAUGUCCAGGGCCACCCCUCCUGUAGUAUCUGAGAUGGAGCUUGUUGCAUAUUAUCAGCAGGUUGCACCUAAUUUGUUUUUACAACAGGCUUCAAAAUAAGAAGAGCAGAGCAAAUUUGGCAGCUGUCAUUUUACAUGUGUAUUUCCAAUACCUCUGAUGCAUUUAGAUUGUAGGAUGUUUUAGUUCUAUCAGCGUAAGUCUUUGUCAAUUACAAAGGGCUUUUAUAUGUAAAAGUACAUUAACAUACCAAGAAUUGCACUGUAUGAUGUGAAAAAUUACAUAAAUCCUGGCAAAAUUC